AUGCUGGCAACCGACCUCAUCACCCUCCUGGCUUUCACCACCCUCUCCGCCGCCCAAGGAGCGGCCUACACGAACCAAUGGGGCUAUGUAGGCUGCUUCCCCUACUCCUUCGGCGGUGCCACCACUGGGGCAGGCUCAACCAUCACGACCAUCGCAGGAUGUGCGUCCUAUUGUAACAACCAGCCUGCUUACUAUUACUUUGGAGUUUCCACGCCUCUCGGUGCUGCGACUGAGGGGGGCGAGUUCUGCAUCUGCACGAAUAGUCCAACUUCGUUGACCCCUGUGGAUAAUGGUCUAUGCAACAGCACCUGCCCAGGGCAUGCCAAUAAAAACUGUGGUGGGACCAAUGGGGCUGGCUAUUACUAUGUGUCAUUGUUUGCGUUCAUCUGA